AGGAAUAUUAUCUCUCAUCGCCAACUUUUGAAGAGGAAGUAAAGAGAUCAUUCCCUUUCUAUUAACAUAAUCUAUAUUCGGUACAGCUACUAGACUAAUUUCACAAUUAUAUAUCCGGCGAUCUAUUCCAAGGAAGAUCGUAAAAAUUGAUCGAAAUGCUGCUUCUAAACCCGAUCUUACUAGUCGUUGUAAGCCUGGUAUUGGUCAUCACAUAUGUUUGGAAAUCUAUUGCCUCUCCCUUACGAACUCUUCCAGGUUCCAAAAUAUCACUGUUCACUUCCUGGAUCCUCAAGUAUCAUGAAUUCCGUGCCUAUCGCACUAGAUACAUCCACCGUCUUCACCAGCGGUAUGGGUCUGUUGUCCGGGUAGCCCCAAAUGAAGUAUCUUUCGCAAGCCUCGAGGGUGUCAAGGAGAUAUAUGGUUCUGCAGGGAGUGGCUAUGAUAAAACGGAGUUCUAUGACUUAUUUCGCAUGCUAGAUAGAAGGACUAUGUUUAGCACCCUCAAUAAAGAAGAUCAUGCUAAGAGAAAGAGAAUAUUGGCUGAUCGAUAUGCUAACACCAAUAUCCUAAAGCCUGAGUCAAUCAACGGAAUUAGAGAACGAUCAAGGAGGUUCAUAGAAAGGUGCUCGAAGUCUAUUGGUGACAGCAUCAAUAUUUAUAUCUGCUUACACGACUACGCAUUCGACUGCGCGACGCAUCAUCUUUUCCAUCCAUACGGGUCAGACUCACUGCGAAUACCUAAAGAUGAAGAGACUAUGAAGGAGGUGACCCUUGACGAUAGUCUUCAAAACCGACUUGUUCAGUAUUAUAGCCCAACUCUCCACAAGCUAGUCGGUGGUGUGAUAUCCCUAUUUGCCACGCCACGAUCGACGCCCCUAGCAGAUAACUUCGUCAUGUCAGCGACAGCAAAGACUGCACCUGCCCAAUUCACACUGAUAAAUCGCAUCCAGGAUAAGGGAUAUGAAAUGGACCGGAUCGACAUGGCUUCUGAGUGUCUUGACCACAUGGUCGCUGGGAUUGACACCACCGGCGACGCGCUAUGUUUCCUGAUGUGGGAGAUAUCGCAGCCGGGCUCAUUCCAUUUCCAGAGACGACUCCAAAAGGAACUCCUUGCUAACCCAAACACGCCAUUCGAUAAGCUACCAUACCUUGAUGCGCUCGUAUUGGAGGGGUUACGUUGCUUUCCGGCUAUCCCCAUGUCCCUUCCACGAUAUGUACCCUCUGGUGGUCGCACGAUCGACGGCUUCUUUGUCCCUCAGGGAACCAUUGUGAGCUGUCAGGCAUACUCUGCUCACCGCAUUGAUGAAUCCGUAUUCCCGCAGCCUGAUACGUUCGAUCCUGAUCGAUGGCUGCAAGAGACAGGAGAACUAGAUAGGAAACGAUUGUUCUUCGCCUUCGCUAGCGGGGGUAGAGGAUGCAUUGGGAAGCACCUCGCAUUAGCGGAGAUGAAAGUUCUGCUCAGAGACAUGUACUCACGGUUCACUUCGGCACCAGACCCUUCGAUGACGGCCCGAGAUAUGGAGAUGUCAGAUCAGAUAAUUUCAUCGCAGCCUAAGGCAAGGAGGUGUCUUCUCAGGUUGAUCCCUUUGGAGAGCUGAAGGGGGGUACAUAUUAGUGACAGAUAAAAAUUGGAUAUAUAAUAUCGGGCAAUAUAACACGUAGUACAUUGAAACCUGCCUUUUUGUCUGCAAGCAUCAGGCGA